AUGCUCACCAACCUGCUCUUUAUCAAGGGUGUCUACCGAGGCUUGAUCUCAACGACGCGUACGACGGACUCAACCAUCCCGGUCCAACUGGGGAAUCUCCGGCAAGAAAUCGAAGCGGAGCGUGCAUUUCUGCGAUACCGACUUCGCGAAGACGAUCUGUACCCAGUGUUUUCAAAGGCGCUGCGCAAGCGCCACCGCCGGAGACGAAGCGAGGUCGGGGCUCUGUUGAGCCUGAUCAUCAGCGAUCUGUGGCAGGAGUUCAAGGAUGUGGAGCGGCCGUUCCUGAUCAGGAAUCCGUUCAGGGCUGAGAAGGUGCGCAGGGGCGAUUUUUGGGGCGAGAGUGAUCUUGAUGAAAAACCGGUUACACAGGGUGAUGGUAAGAAGAAGGUCAAUAAUCGCAUGUGCACGGCUGAAGCGGGCUUGUAUUCGGAUCAACAGCAACAGCGGUACUACAAUACCGACCUGGCGCAUCGAUUGACCUGGUGGCAGAGCCGCACUGCGGUGGAGAAUAUGCUGCUACAGGUCCAAAGGAUCCGGAUUCAGAGGAUUGAAAGGGAUGCAUUUGAAACAGACGAACUCAUCAAAAGAUAUUUGAGGAUCCUGAGUGGGGGAGGACCUGCUCGUGGCGGAAGAAGCCGCAGUCGUAGUAGUAGUGGACCGGGAAGUGGUGAUGGCGGUGGUGGGCUGAAGAUAGCUCAAAGGCGCAGUGUGAGACCCGGUGCUGGAAGUGUGCAGCGCGUACCAUCUCGACGAGCUAGCAGAGGUGGAAGUCGAUUCAGGAAGAAGGUAGAGACAAGAGAAGACACAGUUCAUGCGGAAAGUCGGGUCAAUACCAGAGAUCCGGAAUCAAGCAAUACUGGUCCGCCACGAGAGCGGACCCCUCGACCUCGAUAUGAGUAUGAGAUGGUACAGGCUGGCAGAAGCUAUGGUGAAGGCGAUGAAAGGCCAGUGCGACGUGGGGACGUUGAGUAUGUGGAUAUUGGUCAGACACCAGGCCGGCGACCAUCCGAAAGGUUGAAUAGUCGAAGAAAUGGCUAUGUGGGUGACAGACCAGAGCGGCGAUAUCGUACUCCACAGCGGUGA